AUGGGACAAUACUUAAGCUGCUGCAAAGAAGACCAGAGCUUCGAACCAAAAUGUGCUGCAGAUCAAGUUUCUUCAGAGCCCCUGCACCCUGGAGCCUCUUCUAUUAUGCAACCACCAGCAUCUCUUGAUUUUAAAGCAGCUUAUCCUCCUUUCAUGCAUAGAGGCAGUUCACCUAGAGGAAGUAAAAUUUCUUCUUCUUCAGCAAAUACAUCUUCUUACUCAUCUUUCUUUGGAAGAAGACAUUCUUUAUUUGCUAAAUUUCAGAAAAGCAGUGCUUCCCUUCAUUCUGGACAAAGUAGAGCUAACUUUGAUUCUGAAGAAAAAAGAAGCUUCGGUGAUUUAAAAUCGCCCUCCGAACAUUUUCGCUUUAGAUCCAGAAGUCUUUUCUCUGCCCCCAAACUAAAUAUAAUUUCCUGUUAUGAGAGUGCUAGUACUUUUUUUGAUCCUCAAUCAGGAAGUCAAUGCAUAUUUAAUCCAAAUGAAAUUGAAAUCAUUUCUAAAAGCUUGAGUAUUACUGAUGCUGGAAAAUAUAUAAACUCUUAUUCUCCUGAAUAUAACACUAAAUAUUUUAUGAAUUCUGAAACAAAAGCUAAUUCCUCAGCCUGUCGGAACACUGUUGCUAGCAUCUAUCAAUGCACAGCGACCAUGCUUACUUUUCCAACUAUUACUUCCUAUUCCUCUCAACAACAUGGAGUUGCCAGUGAUAUUCAAGAAAGAGACCAGUUAAGGAGCAAUGCCUUUCAUCCUGCUUUUCAAAGUCGCAGUAGAAAUAAUUCUCCAGCUAUGGUGCAACAUCAUCCCUCUCAAAGUGUAACUUUCCCUGUUCUCCAUAAUGUUGGAUUUACUUCGUUUUAUAAAAAUGCUAGAAGCUUUACCCCAUCUCAAAAUGGAGUUACCUCAGAUCCCUUUGAAGAUGAAAACAAUGCUAUCUCGUCUGAAGAUGAAGACAAAUCUUCACCUAAUGAAAUUCCUAAAAUAAGGUAUAUUACAGCUAAUACUGAUACUGAAGAACAGAGUUUCCCACUCCCUAAGGCAUUUAACACUCAUGUAGAGGAAUUAAAUUUAGAUGCCCUUAUUCAGACGGCUGAUAAUUUACGUAUGAAUGAGUCCAGCAAAAUGGAGAGUUUUGAACUACUUUGUGACCACAAAGAAAAGUUUAGAGAUGAAAUAGAGUUUAUUUGGCGGUUUGCUCGUGCUUAUGGAGACAUGUAUGAGCUAUCUACAAAUGCACAAGAAAAGAAGCAUUAUGCUAAUAUUGGAAAGACAUUAGGUGAAAAAGCUAUUACUAGAGCACCCAUGAAUGGACAUUGUCAUCUAUGGUAUGCGGUUUUGUGUGGCUAUGUAUCUGAGUUUGAGGGCUUACAAAACAAAAUUAACUAUGGAUAUCGCUUCAAGGAACAUCUAGAUAAAGCAAUCGAAUUUCUACCUGAAGAACCCUUUUUGUAUUACCUCAAGGGAAGAUACUGUUACACUGUCUCAAAACUGAGCUGGAUUGAGAAAAAAAUGGCUGCUACUCUGUUUGGAAAAAUACCAUCCGCAACUGUACAAGAAGCUUUGCAAAAUUUCCUUAAGGUCGAAGAACUACACCCUGGGUUUUCUAAGUCCAAUUACAUGUUCUUGGCCAAGUGUUAUAUUGAUCUUGAACAAACAGAUACUGCUGUGAAGUUCUGUAAUAUGGCAGUGUUGCUUCCUUGUGUUACCAAAGAGGAUAAAGAUGCACAGAAAGAAGUGAAAAAAAUAAACACUUCCUUGAAGAGUUGCUUCACUCACCACUCAUUCUGCUGACCUGGGAGAAGACAGAAUAGCUGCCGAGUGUUUCUGAAACGAUUUCUCCUGGUGGGUCACCAAGGCCAAGCCAGUGGUACAGCCUGCACCACAGACAAAGUACACAAACUCCUAAACUUUCAAGAGAGUUCACGCACGGCUUUGGGAAGGGGGAGUUCCGAUCCAGAACUUCUUGAAUGUGUUUGAUUUCAGAAGAUAAUAAGGUGCAUGUUAAAAUUUCUCAUAAAACAUUAAAGAAGUGAGGCAGUGUUCCACUAAAAUUUUAACCAAUUGUCAUGUCAUGUAAUUUGCAAUGUUAGUUAUCUUUCUAAGUACUGAAUAUCCUUCAUUGUAACAUGAAAAUCUCUGUUGUGCCUAAAAGUUGUCAAAAAGCUUUUCAUCUGAUAAUUUUUGCAUACUUCUGAAUUAUAAAAAGCCGUAUAAACAGGUGGAUGAGACCGUAGAGACAAUCGUCUAGACCAGCCUUCUUGUUUUACCGGUAAACAGUUUAAUCUCUGAUAUCUAAGAGAACUGGUGAGUGGCUGAGCCAGGACGAGGUACCAGGUCUUGGAAUCUCAUGCCUUUGGAACCCAUCUUUGAACCCAGGGCACUUUCCAUUUAACUGAGUGGAGUCCAAUGUGUUUGGCAUAGAUGGAGGGGGAUGGGAGGGAGGGAAAGAAGUCUGAGAAUGGUAACACU